AUGGGGUUCGCCUUAAUAGUUUUGUCCCUUCUGCUGACUUUUGUGCUAAGUUACUUACGACAAUGCUACACAUUCUGGGAACAACGCGGAAUAGCUCAGCUGCGUCCAAACCUUCUAUAUGGACACUUCUUCAAGUUAAACGCUGUACAUCUAAACGACUUGAUUCAAGAGACAUACGAUGCCUUUAAAGGCAAAUAUAAAGUGACUGGCACUUAUAUCUUUACUCGACCUAUUGCUAUAGUCACAGAUCUCGAUCUGAUCAAAUCAAUACUUAUCAAGGAUUUUAGCAAUUUCGUAAAUCGUUCGGAUCAUCCUGCUCCAGAAAAUGUGCAUCGUAAUCCGCUUUUGGGAAAUUUGUUUAACAUGUAUGACGAAAAGUGGCGAGCGCUGAGAGCGAAACUGACUCCCACUUUUACCAGUGGCAAGAUUAAAUCUAUGUUUAACACCAUAUCGGAUGUAUCUCAGCAGCUGGAAGAUACAUUUCGAACAGAAGUGGGAUCCGGUGGAGUCUUGGACGUUUACGAUCUUCUUGGUCGUUACACAGUCGAUGUCAUUGGAAGCUGUGCAUUUGGCAUCGAGUGUAAUUCCCUUAAAGAUCCUCAGGCAGACUUUCGAGUUAUGGGUAGAAAACUUUUUACUGAAACCGAAACCAAUAUCCGCUGGAUUCUUUUUAAGCUUACCUAUGUCAAGUUAUUGGCAAAAAUACCAUUUCGAAGUUUUUCCGAUGACAAUAUUGCGUUUUUUGUAAAUAUUAUUCGAAAGACUGUUGAACAUAGAGAGCGCGAGAAUAUAAGGAGAAAUGAUUUCAUGGAUCUAUUGAUAGACCUUCGGAAAUCAGAACACAGCCAAGGAUUAUCAGUAGAGCAACUGGCAGCUCAAGUUUUCGUUUUCUUUAUAGCUGGUUUCGAGACUAGUUCCAGUAACAUGAGCUAUGCUCUUUUCGAAUUGGCUAAAAAUAAGGAUAGCCAGAGUAAACUAAGAACGGAAAUUCAGAGUGUACUUCAAAAACAUGGAAAACUGACCUACGACGCGAUGAUGGAAAUGACAUAUUUGGAUCAAGUUAUCAAUGAAACACUUCGAAAAUAUCCAGGGUUAGUUUCGUUAACACGAAUGGCUGCGGAAAAUUAUAAAUUUAGUUCCAAUGAUAAAGAAAUUGUUCUGGAACGAGGUACAAAAGUUUAUAUCCCAGUGAACGCCAUUCACAACGAUCCCGAGAUAUACCCUGAACCCCACAAGUUCAAGCCCGAACGAUUCGCACCUGAAGCUUGUCAGCAGCGUCAUCCGAUGGCUUUUCUUGGAUUUGGAGAUGGGCCACGAAGCUGCAUUGGAAUGAGAUUUGCGCGAAUGCAAGUAAAGAUGGGAUUAAUCACUUUGCUUAACAGAUUUCAAUUUUGUCCAGCUCCCGGAGAGCCAACAGAGGUUGAAAUUAUAAACUAUGAUAUUGUUAGACGUCCGCAAAACGGUGUUAAACUAUUUGUAAAGCGUGUGGAAAGUUAAUCUGUAAUUGCCAGAAGAUUCUGUU